AAUAGCAGAGGCAAGAGGGAGUUUUAGUUCCUGGUGUGGUGUAUCUUAAACAUAUCCCACAUGGUUUCUAUGAAGAGGAAAUGUACAAAUACUUCUCCCAGUUUGGAAAAAUUAAGAAACUUCGACUUGGAAGAAGUAAGAAGACAGGUGGAAGUCGAGGCUAUGCUUAUAUUGAAUUUGAGUGUGAUGAAGUUGCAAAGAUUGUUGCAGAGACUAUGAACAAUUACCUAAUGUUUGACCAACUGAUGAAGUGUAGAUUUAUUCCACCAGAAAAGGUUCACCCAUUAACUUUUAAGGGUGCAGGGAAAAAAAUUUUUCUUGCCAAGUCAAUUACAAUCUCUCGUCAAAAUAAGUGGAAAUCUCCUGAAAAGGAGCGGAAGAAUUGGGUAAAACGAGCAAGAAGGAUCAAGAAAACCCAGGCCAAGCUGGCAGAUCUAGGAAUUACAUUUGAUUUUGACCUUAAACUUCCCAGAAGACCAACUUCAGAAGUAAAAAGUGACGUACCAACACCAGUUCAUGUUGAGUCAAACAUUCACGUUCCUCAGCAAGAUAAAGAUGUCGAUGUAAUUGAGAUCGACAGUAGUGAAGACGAAAUCUAUUUCCGAACACCUCCACAUGUAAUCAAGACUAAGAAAGUUAAAACGAGCCAAAUUAACGUGACUGUUGACAACAAUACGAAAACUUUAAAGAAAAUCGAAACGGUUAGUGUUAAAAAGCCUCCUUCAUCUGCUAAUAAGGAAACACUUAGUGACAUGAAUAAGAAAGAGAAUAUUCGAGACAAGACGCCAAAGAACAGACGGUCAUAUAUUAAACAGAAGGCGAUAUCUGCGACCAAGAAAGUUGUCUCCAAGAAGUUGACAACAAAUUCUUCUUCCAAAACACGAAAAAGUCUGUAGUCCUCGAUACUACUGCAAGGAAAAUAAAUUUGAUAUGUAACAUCGGUAAAUAAAUAUUCCUGUUUGUGACUAAACUC